ACCUCGAUAUAAAUAUUAGAAAAUGUCCGAUUCUUCCGAAGACGAAGAUCUUUCACGUUUUAGGGAGGUAAUAGAUACAUCUUUCACAAAGUUAAUAAAUGAAUCACGAGGCGAACCUGCACAACACAAACAUGAAACAAUUAAAGAAAAACCAAAAUCGGAACGAUACUUAGAGGAAUCGUCUCAUUACAACGAUGUCAAGGUACCAGAAGAAAUGCAAAGGAGAAUUGGCUUAAAAAUCUCAGCAAUAUUAAAUAAAAAUAUUGAAUUUGUGGAUGUGAAGAAUGAAAUAAAGAAACGCAAAAUAAAAGGUGGUGUUAAACUAUUCAAGGCUUCCGAAGGCUUUCUAUCAUGUGAAGAAGUGAAGGAUACAUACACAGAGAGUCAUAAUGUUAAAUCAAAAAAUCUUAAAAAGAAACGGAGACAAGUUGAUUUGGAAGAUCAAGAAAUAAAUGAAGAUGAUAAAGUAAAAGCAGUAGCAGUCAGUGGAGAAUACGUUAUGUCAAAAGAAGAAACAAAGAUUUGGAAAUCAAGAAGAAAAGAGAAGCUUUUCAAAUAUAAACCACAGAAAAAAAGUAAGGUGUUGAUAGCUGUAGAAUAGAUAGGAAACUUGUUAUGUUUGAUGAUUAAUCAAUACUUUACGGAAUUAUCUGGCUAUCUGGCUGAAUUAUUUCACAAGGCCUGAGGAAAAAAAAAUAUUCUUACUAUAACUGUCAUGUCCAGAUUUUAUUGAUGGGUCAUUGAUGAGGUAGUUAAAAAAUGUUGUUAAUUUUUAUGCCCAGAGCUGAUAUAUCAAAUGUAGCCCUGAAAUUCAGUCAUAUUUUAUGAGGUUGCUUAUGAAAUAAAAACAAAAUAAAA